CGGUACUUAGUUGCAUCCUAGCGGCGUCGAGCGGCGACCGUGUGGCCAGUACUUUAUUUAAUUAAAUAAUAAUUAAAUAAAUGUGUGGGAACAAUUACUGUGGAAGUGAUAACUUAUCGGGCGGCCAGUGGCGAAUCGGAUGACUUAAUAACUGAACGUUUGCGAAAUGUGGCGAAAUCUGUUUUUGUUAAUUUUUGUGUUCCUCCAAGUUUUGGACUGCAAUAGUGCACUGAGACGGGGGGACAGAGGUGUCUGUGUCAGGAAGGGAAGGCUAGCUUGCUGCGCUAAAUGGAAAUAUGUCGGCGGAAGCUGCUUGCCUGUGUGUACUUUUGGAUGUGGGGAAGGAAGGUGCAUCGGACCAGAACUGUGUGAAUGUGAUAAACCCCUGACGUACAGGAACAAAAAAUGUGAGCAACCGAAGUGUAAUUUAAAAUACUGCAUAAAUCCAAACUGUAGUUACAACGACGAACACAAAAUGGACUGCAAUUGUAGCGACGGCUACGAAUACAUGGGGGACUACAGCUGUAUUCCAAAAUGUACGGGGGGCUGCGCGAAUGGGGAAUGCGUGGCUCCUGACGAGUGCUCAUGCUCGGAAGGCUACAGGAGCGUCAGCUCUUUGGAGUGCGCGCCAAUAUGCCAUAACUGCGAGAACGGGGAGUGCACUGCUCCUCACACGUGCUCCUGUAAAGACGGAUAUACGAAACGAGAUGAUAGAUGUCAACCAGUCUGCCAUGAUUGUGAACACGGAGAAUGCGUCGCUCCUGACACGUGUAGAUGUCACGACGGAUACCAAAACGAUGGAGACGGCAAGUGCAAGCCCAUUUGCCAUAAUUGUGAUAACGGAGACUGCAUAGCCCCUCGCGAUUGCCGAUGUAGAGAGGGGUAUGAAAAAGGAGACGACACAUGCAGCCCGAUUUGCUUCAAUUGCACGAACGGUGAAUGUGUUUCGCCAGGCGUGUGUGAAUGUAGGACAGGGUACGAGCGAGUUAGCGACGAAUGUGUCCCACACUGCGAAUCUUGCGUAAACGGGUAUUGCUCGGCUCCUGGUAUGUGCACAUGCGAUAAAGGUUACCAGAAGGACGAGGAAGGAGCUUGCAAGCCAUUCUGUAGUAAAGAAUGCGUCAAUGCGACCUGCGUGGGGCCAGACGUAUGCGAAUGCUUGGAUGGAUACAUCAAGUCGAAUGAAUUCAUGUGCAAGCCAAAAUGCGCCUGCGAUAAUGGGAAGUGCAUAGAAUCUAACGGUGCGUCGAUAUGUAUGUGCAACGAGGGGUAUAACAUGAAGAACGGGUUGUGUGUUCCUGUUUGCAGCAAGGAGUGUGUCAACGGGGUCUGCACCAAGCCGGACACUUGCGUCUGCGAGGAAGGUUACUCGAGCAACUCGACACACUCCUGGAUCUGCACUAAACCAUGUGUUCCCUGCGACCACGGGGUGUGUAAUACCCAUGGCGAGUGUGUCUGCUACCCGGGUUACGAGUACACUAACGAUAGCUGCACACCAAUGAUAGUAAACUGCGACGCCUGCGAGAGCUUUUGCAACGACACGGGGUGUUGGUGUAACGACAGCCGCCGAUGUGACAAGCCGAUAAAGGCCGGGAUCGAUUCUGAGCCCACAUCCACUGGGCUAGCUGGUUUGCAGAUCCUGUGGCUAGGGGGAGCCAUAGGCGCGAUAGUGCUGGUGACGACCGUCAUCUUCAUCUUCAGACACAUGUGGAAGAGGCAGCAGGAGUUGCGCUCCAAGGAAAUUGGCGCUGAUACAUACCCGUAUGGAAGCGUGGCGUACACCGUGCCGGGCACUCUGCAGAACGCCACGACAGCAGUGAGCGUCCCCAACCUCUACAGCGAAGAUAACGAUGACGAAGUCGAAGAAGCAUACGAAGAAGAAGACGAAAAAGCCGCCGAAAACGGACUUCUACCCGCCAACGAUUUAGAUAACGAUGUGAUAUGUACGAAAAGAUCAAUAUUUACUAAGCUCGUGUCGGAGACACAAUGGCGCUACAUUACUACGACUUACCAAGGCCGAUGGUGUUUACGCAGACCGUGCAUUAAGACCAGGCAGAGUCUUGUGCAACAUGAGACGAUGGUGCAGAAAACUGUAGUACAAAUUAAAAAAUUCUGCUGUGAUGGUUACAUGACAAACGCAACGAGUUUAAGGUUGCAGUGUGAUCCAGUAUGUGUUCCGAGCUGUGAAAGCGGUUACUGCUCCCAGCCAGGUGUGUGCACAUGCAACGAAGGAUAUGUUCCUAGUCCAGAAUCCAAUCGCAAAUGUAAUCCAAUCUGUUCAAAAAAUUGCGAGCAUGGUACUUGCGUGGAGCCUGAAAAAUGCAUGUGUGAUUUCGGCUAUCAUUCUGUGAACGAAAUAUGCGUUCCAAUAUGUAACAAUCCUUGCAUUUACGGAAUAUGCGUCGCUCCUGACAGAUGUGAGUGCCUGCCUGGAUACAUAAAUAAUGGGACCGAAACGUGUUAUCCGUACUGUUCCAAUGAUUGUCCUCACGGCACCUGCGUCAGUCCAGAAAAUUGUGUGUGCGAUGAGGGAUGGCACAAGAAGGAACCGGAUGCUCUUUGCGAACCGAUAUGCACCCAAGACUGCGGGCACGGAACAUGUGUCGCUCCGGACACCUGUGAGUGUUUCGAACAUUAUAUCAAAUCCGAAAAUGGAACUUGUGUACCGUUCUGCACGUCAGGAUGCCCUCACGGUUCCUGUGUUGGUCCAGAAAACUGUACCUGCGAUAACGGCUGGCUUAAAACUGAACCAGAUGGCGUCUGUGAACCUGUAUGCGAAAAUGGUUGCGAGCAUGGCACUUGUGUAAGCCCGAACGAAUGUCAGUGUUCUCCCUAUUAUAAUAAAUCCGACGACGGUUUAUGUGUACCGUAUUGCUCAUCGGGUUGUCCUCAUGGUUCUUGUGUAGCACCAGAAAUUUGCGAAUGUGAUGAAGGAUGGUCCAUAAAUGGCAUAGAGUGUAAGCCAGUCUGCGAUCCAGCAUGUGGAAACGGAACAUGCAUGGCUACUAAUAUAUGUCUGUGUUAUCCGGGCUACGAUAAUACAACAGAUACUAAUAGUUCAUUCCAAGCUAACGAUGUAUGCAUGCCGAAGUGUCAUAACUGCGAUGGAAAAUGCGUGGCUCCUGAUCAAUGCGUUUGUGAUUCACCAUUAGUUGCUGUAAGCGUGGCACUCGAUGGAACACCAUGUGAUUGUUUUGAGUAUUGCUGGGAUGGCACUAAAUUGUGUGAUCGCACGAUAUGCGUUGAAGGCUCCACGACGACUGAUAUAACUGACUAUAGUGAAGAUUUUUCAUCUACAUACAAUAUUGACGUCACAUUUGGAGAUGAUGUUGCUACAGGUUUAAGUGAUUUGGAUGAUGAGAGCACAGAAAGCUUUACAAAUGAUACCACUAAUGUGGCUAGCAUGACAAUUUCACAGCACAUAGGUAUACCUGAGUGGAUAUAUAUCAUAGCAGCUGUUGCACUUAUAAGUAUAAUAGCUUUAGUUAUACUUGUCGUGAAAAGAAAAGCAAUCAGUAGCUACUUUGACAAAGGCGAUUAUCAUGUUAAAGGGAACAAGGAAGAGGAGACAAAUGAAACAUUGUCUAAAGAAGGAGUACAGUAUUCUGAUCUAUUAAAAAAUAAAACGACGGUGUAAUUACCUAGGUGUAACUCCACUGAAUAUUUUCAUUAAGUAUUAAAAAGUUUAAUAAAGA